AUGCGAGCCGAAGCCGAACGCCGAUUGAGUUUGCACGAGUUCACGGAGCGUGUGCUGGCAGCGUCUGGUGACAGCACGUCGGCGCAGAGCCCUCGGACGCGCUUCGAGUCGGUCGUUACGGUCGCCAACGACGACGAUGUCGACGCUGCGUUGACGCCAGCGCGCUCGGACCGCUGGCGCGUCGCUGCCUUCCUCCUCCUUCUGGGCUUCGUCGGUGGUGCUCUCCACGUGCUCUGUGCUUGGCUCAUUGAUGCGCUUCUGCGAGUGCGCGCUACCGCAAUGGAUCAAGUCUCACCGAUUGCUGCGUACAGCCUUUGGACGCUAUACACACUUGUGUUUCUCGUCGUCGCUGUGGUCUUGACGCGCCUCUCGCCAUCGGCCGCAGGCUCGGGGAUUGCUCAAAUGAAAACGGUGCUGACGGGCAUCGACCCCACGUUGUACCUACCGGGGUACUUUUCGCUUCGAACGCUGUGUGCCAAGCUGGGCGGCUUGAUCGCGGCCAAUGGCGCGGGCUUGCAGAUCGGAACCGAAGGGGCCUUUGUGCACAUCAUGGCGAUCGUCGCGACGGCGUUGCUCCAGCUUCGACCGUUUGCUUCGCUGCAAGACCGCCUCUCGGUGCGUCUCCAGCUUCUCGCUGCGUCGGCGGCCGUGGCCGUUUCGUCCGCCUUUGGGUCCCCUAUCGGUGGCGUCCUCUUCUCGAUUGAAGUCACGGCAACGUACUACCUCAUCUCCAACUACCUCAAGGCUUUUGUGUCGUCGGUCGCUGCGGCCGCCAUGGUGCUGUGGAUGAAUCGCGCGUUGGCCAGAGUCGAAGGGCUCGCGCUGUCGGCCACGCGACCAUCUCAAGCGCCGCCAUCGCUUUUGGACUUGCCGCUCGCAAUUCUUCUUGGUGCUGCCAUGGGCGUCCUCAGCACCAUCUUGCAGUGUGCCACGCAGUGGCUCGCGCUUCGGCGACGUCAGUGGGGCGCGUCACCGCUUCGCCACGUAAGGUUCUUUGUUCAAUGGCUCGACCCGCUCCUCGUUGGUCUCGUCACCGCGUCCAGCACGUACGUUGUGACCCGCAACCACGCCCUCCUCUCGCUCUCUCAGCUUCUGUCGCCUGGCGACCUCGGGUCGCUCCCGGGCGUCGCUGCCACCGGCGCCAUCCCGCUUUUCCUCCUUCCGCUUUCGAUUACGCUCAAGUUCCCCACCGGCGUCUGGCUCCCAACCUUUGUCGGUGGUGCAGCUUGCGGACGACUCUUUGGCAUCGCUGCCGCAUCGCUCUUCCCGUCGCACAUGACGCUCGGUCGUCACGGGUUCGCGCUCGUCGGCGCGGCGGGCCUCACAGGUGCCUCAACGCGCACAGUUUCGGCGGCGGUGAUCACACUCGAGCUCACGGGUAACUUUGACGCGCUCCUGCCCGUGCUCGCCGGCGUCUUGGCGGCCAUUGGUGUCUCGAGCCUCGGGGGGUGGCCGUCCAUUUACGACAUCCUCGUCGAAGCCAACGCGCUGCCGUACCUUCCGCUCAUGGAAUUUCAGCGGCACCAGACAGUGGCCGAUAUUCUGCACGAGCGCGUCGUGUACGUCUCGAGCCGCUCGUCCGUGCUGCAGCUGCUGCUCGCGCUCAAUCGGCUGCCGAGCCACGAGAUCCCGGUCGUCGACAUCGACCAAAAGCUUCUCGGUGUCGUCGGCAAAGGCGACCUCCAGCUGCUCGUGCGGCGCUUCUACGACGCACGCGGUCUCUCGGGCUGCGAACGCGACUGGGGCGACAGCGGCAGUGACGAGGACGCUACUGACACGGCGCGUCACUCGGUGCCCAAGGGCGGUGUGUGGUCCAACCCCCUUUUGCGCUCCGGUCGGACAGCGCCGACGCUCGACCACAUUUACACGACGCUGCACCGCCGGCCGUCGUCGUCUGCGACGAGUCUUCUCCGCGGCGACGGUCUGUACCCGGUGCACCCUGCGAUGCUCAUGAACGACGACAAGAUGACUGCGCUCCUCAGCCACGAGUGGUCAAUAGAUAAGCUCGACGCUCUCGCGACCGAGGUCGAUGUCACGACCGAGUGUGUGAUCCGGCCGUUGGCCAUGACGCUGGUCGCCGAGACGACGCUCGAAGAUGUGCACAUGCUCUUUACGAUGCUGCGCAUGGACCACUGCUACGUCACGGCGCUCGGGAAGCUCCAAGGCGUCGUGACAACGCGCGCACUCAUCAAAGCCGCAACCAAGUAGCAAGCUCCGUUGCACGUUAACUAAUGCCUUGCUUUUUUGACGAA